CAGUGAGACCGCGCAGUCGAGCGCACGUUCAACAACACCGCGCGCGCGUGACAGUAUCAGUGACGAAUGAGUGCGUUGAGUGGCGGAGACAUGGUGAAGUGUCGCCGCGCAGUUGUGCGAUGAUGGUGUCGUGAGUGCGCAGACGCAGUACGAUGCGCUCCAGUCCCGUAGUGUUCGCCGUGCUGCUCGGCGCAGUGUUCGGGGUGCUGACCGCGUCCCUCAGCAAGGCGCUGCGCUACCAAGCGCCGGACGAAUGCAAGUGGUUAGCCGUUACCAGUGAAGGAGAGAAGGAGGUAACGUCGUCCCAGGACCCCGACCAGGAGGUCGCCCUAGUGUGCCAUCUGCGGACCAUCAACUCGGAGCUGGAAAACACCAACUUCAGUGUCAUCCAGCCGCAGUACACAGUGAGGUUGAGGAUAGAAUGUGCCGAUAUGUUUUAUUUCCAAAGUUCCCUAACACCCGGGAGUUUUCAAACGCUCACCGACCUCAGAGACUUAUCGAUAGAGUAUUGCAAGGUUGCUAACCUCACAGCGGGUGCGUUCCGCGGCCUCAGGCAACUGAAGAAUCUCACUCUCAGGACUCAUAAUACCGAUUGGUCUGCCAUGACGUUAGAAGUCGAGAAAGACGCUUUUACGGAAGAACUAACUUUGUUAGAGAGGUUAGAUCUAAGUGUAAAUAAUAUUUGGAGUUUGCCCGAGGCGGCUUUUUGCCCGCUGCACAGCUUAGAGUAUCUCAAUUUGACUAGAAAUAGAAUUCGAGAUUUAGAAAAAUUGAGAUUUGGCAGUUCACCGACCUUUCCAACGUGUGGUAGCAGCCUUAAAAUUCUAGACCUGUCCAACAACAGUAUCGACGCCAUUCCUCCGGCUGUGUUUUCUAAAUUAAUGAGGCUACAGGAUUUAAAUUUACAAGGCAAUGUUAUUUCAUUCAUAGCCGACCACGCUCUCGACGGCCUUACCUCCCUGUCGUCCCUGAACUUGGCCGACAACAAACUAGUCACUCUUCCCCCCGAAUUGUUUUCCGAGACGCGAGAAGUGCGAGAGCUUCAUCUACAGAACAACUCGAUCAACGUGCUUGCCCCCGGUCUCUUCAAUGACUUGACAGAGUUGAUUAUCCUCGACUUGGCCGGCAACGAACUGACAGAUGAAUGGAUCAACACUGCAACGUUCGCUGGACUACUUAGACUCGUGGUGCUAAAUCUAUCCAACAACAACAUAGCCAAACUAGAAUCCACUGUCUUUAGAGACCUUUACAGUCUCCAAAUCUUGCGUUUAGAAGAGAACUCCAUUCAGUCAAUCGCUGAAAACACAUUUGGAUCCCUAAGUAAUCUUCAUACCCUCAUCCUUUCUUACAACAAGUUGACCAGAAUAGACAGCAAUACCUUUAACGGCUUAUUAGGGCUCAAUGUUCUAUCUUUAGAUAGUAAUUUGAUAGAAUACAUAGAUCCAGAGGCUCUCAGAAACUCUACUAGUUUACAAGACCUUCAUUUAAAUAGUAAUAAGUUAUACGACAUUCCUGCAGUGCUAAACGAAGUUCCUCAGUUACAAACACUUGAUUUAGGAGAUAAUCAAAUCACAGAGAUAUUCAACACAUCGUUUGCGAGCAUGGAGAAGCUCGUGGGCUUGAGACUGACAGAAAACAGCAUCAGUAAUGUGUCAAAGGGAGUUUUUGAUAAGAUGACAGCUUUAAGGAUUCUUAACUUGUCCAGUAAUAAAAUUCAACGAGUAGAAGCAGGCAGUUUCGAUGCAAACACGAACCUGAUGGCGAUCCGGCUCGACGGCAACUACAUCACCGAGAUUAACGCACUGUUCGACAAACUGCCCAAUCUGGUGUGGCUCAAUAUCUCCGAGAAUUUAUUACAAUGGUUCGAUUAUGCUCAGAUACCAACCGGACUUCAAUGGCUCGACAUUCACGGUAAUCAAAUCGCUGAGUUGGGAAACUACUACGAGAUCGAAAGUCAACUACAUCUGACAGUGUUUGAUGCUAGUGAUAACAAGCUAACGGACAUAACAGGAAGUGCGAUACCUGAUAGUGUCGAAGUGCUAAACCUCUCCAACAAUAUUAUUUCUAAAGUACAAUCUUACACCUUCUUCAAAAAACCAAAUCUCACUCGGGUCGAACUCACAGGAAACCAAAUUAAAAGCCUCACCCAAAACUCCCUUAGGAUAUCUACAAUACCCCACGAUAAGGAGAUUCCGGAGUUUUAUAUAGGCAAGAAUCCAUUCCAGUGCGAUUGUACGAUGCAGUGGCUCCAGCAAUAUCAGGUGGAUCAGGAGCGGAAUAAGCCGAGACUAAUGGACCUGGAUUCAGUUGUGUGUAAAUUACUGUAUAAUAGAGUGACUUCUUUUGUCCUUUUGAAAGAAGCUACCCCCGAUCAAUUUUUAUGUCAAUAUGAUUCUAACUGUUUUCCAUUUUGCCAUUGUUGUGACUUCGACGCUUGCGAUUGUGAAAUGACUUGCCCCACAAAUUGUACAUGUUACCAUGACCUAUCAUGGUCCGCCAAUGUAGUCGACUGUUCGAGGUCGGGAUAUGUAGAUAACUUGCCAGACCGAAUACCUAUGGAUUCUACACAAUUGUAUCUCGAUGGCAAUGACAUUAGGGUUGUAGGGAGUCACAGUUUUAUUGGAAGGAAGAAACUGCAAGUUCUGUUUUUGAAUAAUUCUAAUGUGGAAAUUAUUCAUAACAGGACAUUCAAUGGUUUGAAGGUCUUGGAGCUUUUGAGAUUGGAUAAUAACAGAAUAUCGGAACUGAAAGGUUACGAGUUUGAAGGUCUAGAAAGUCUCAGAGAACUGUACUUGCAGAAUAAUAAAAUCACAUCAAUCCACAACGCUACUUUCAUGAACCUCAUGGAACUAAGGAUAGUGAGGCUGGACCACAACAGGAUUACCCACUUCGCAGUGUGGCAGCUGUCUUCUGCCUUGGUACAGAUCAGCCUAUCCUCCAACCCAUGGUCCUGCGAGUGCGAGUACACGGAGAGGUUCAGGGAGUACCUGCAUUACACUGGCUCAGCAGUGAUCGACAGUGCUGACGUACGCUGUAGCAACAACUCGUUGGUGUUGGAGGAUGAGCCUGAUGUUGGGUUCUACUUGCUCAGAGACAACCUCACCACCUGUGUCACCAUCAACAUCACCAACUUCGUAGAGAGUCCCCCAGUCAACGAGAACUACACAUCCACCACUAUCAUUCAACAUCGAGAACUCCAGAGCUACCUUCCCCUGCUCAUCGUCACCCUGGUUGCCUCCUCGUUCAUCAUAGUGUUCACCCUAAUAGUGUUUAUCUACCGUCAAGAAAUGCGAGUGUGGUUCCAUUCGCGGUUCGGUGUCAGACUGUUUUACAAGACCAGUGAGAUCGAGAUGGACGAUCGUGACAAACUGUUCGACGCGUUCGUCAGUUACAGUUCGAAGGACGAAGCGUUUGUCGCGGAAGAACUCGCGCCCAUGCUCGAAAACGGGGAUCCCCCAUAUAAACUGUGUCUCCACUACCGAGAGUUCCCCGUGAACGGCUAUUUAGCCGACACCAUAGUGCAAGCGGUAGAAUCGUCGCGGAGGACAAUUAUGGUGCUUUCAGAAAACUUCAUCAAAUCCGAGUGGUGUCGGUUCGAGUUCAAAUCCGCGCACCACCAAGUCCUCAGGGACAGGAGAAAAAGACUUAUUGUGAUAUUGCUAGGCGAAGUGCCUCAAAAGGAUCUCGAUCCGGAUAUUAGACUUUAUUUAAAAACUAAUACGUACUUACAGUGGGGGGACAAACUGUUUUGGGAGAAGCUGAAGUUCGCGUUGCCCGAUGUGCCGAACAAUCAGAGGACGAGGAGUAACCACAACAACCACGUGGUACAUCAUCACCAUCACGUCCACAGGCACAACAACAGGAACCACAACCACAACAACCACAACAACCACAGCAACCACAGCAACCACAGCCACCACAACAACACCAACACCAGCCGGUCCGUCGCCAUACACAUCUAGUGUGGAUUGUGGAUAGUGGAUACCCAAACAGCAAAGGUAACUCUUUUGUGCGUGUUAAAUAUGUAUAAAGUGCGAAAUCGUUCUGUAAAUAGUAUAAAUACGUAGUAUAUUUCGUUUUGUAUUCUUUUUGUACAUUUGUUGAUUUUUUAAGUCGCCAUUUAUAGAGUCAUAUAUUAAUUUAUAUUUGAGUCACUAUUAUUGUGUAGUAAAUGAAUUCCUUGUAUAGAUAUUGUUAUUUAACAAUUCGAGACGGAUGUAUUUUUAUUUAUACUUCGCUUGUUAACAUGGUGCUGAUCGGUUAAUUCUUUUGUAGAAUCUUGAACAAAUUUAAAGUUUUAAAGAUUUAAAACCUUUUUUCGCUACAAAACUUAUUAAAAAUUACUUUAAUUCUAAUAUUUCUAAUUAUUUUGAGGGCUAGAUGUUUAUAAAUUUAUUAUCAAUAAGAGAUUUUGCGUGCUAUCCCUAAAACAAAAUAGGCCUAUGAAAGAAAUUUGAUGUUGAUAUUUUAGCUUUAGUUUUAGUUUGUUAUGAUCUUUUAUCAAGUAAUACUAUUUUCUGGUAUUUUCAUUUUGAGAAAUGUUUUUAAAUUUUAUUUUGGUGUGUAAAAGUAAUUAAUAAAUUAAUUUUAUCGUAAUUGUAAAUUUCGUCGAAUCUAAAGUUAAACUCAUAUUUUAUUAGAAUGGUAAAGUUUUGAGAGAUCAAAAGUAAUGUAUUGUUUAUCCCAUUUCUUUUAUCGGUGACUUGAUUGACUAGCGUGGUUUUAUUGGGUAUUAAUAUAACCUCAUGAUGAUUUUCACUUUUAAAACCAAUUUUUAUUUUAGUUAAACAUAUUACAUUUUAGUAUUCAGAUAAAAUAUUGGUUUUUGUGGUAUUGACAUAAUUAUUUUCUGGAAAGCGUUUAUAGUCUAUUAAUCUCUCAAAAAAAGUAGGGUUUUAUUGUAUUUUUAUCAGAAAAUUUACCAAAAUAAUUAAUUAUACUAACUUUAUUUCUAUGUUCAAUUAUUUGAAUUGCCUUUGUUUAUUUAAUAGAGUUUUUAUUUAUCAUAAAUUACGGAUAGAAGCUAAUAUAUUAUUUAUAGCACUAAUUUCAUGUAAUUUUAUUGUUGUGAUUUUAUAAUCAUCUGCAUAGGGCCUAUGCACGAAAUUGUCGAAAAGAUUUAAACUAAAGUUUUGAUCAGUAGAUAGAAUUUUGACUUUGUAAUUUUGUAUUUUGCAAAUUUUAUUUGGUUAGGUUAUUUUCUAAAAUGUGUAACGUUUUUACAAAGUUUAUUUAUUUGUAAUUUUUGCUGCCCUCAAAUAAGCUAAUUUAUUUAUUUGUGAUUACUUUUUACUGUUAGUAAAUGUUUUAUAUUUCCUAAAGAUGCAUUUUUAGAGUAUUAUAACUUAUUUUUCUACUGUCUAUAUGUAAUUUAGGAACAGAUCAAGGUCAUGUUGUCCUAAUGACUGAAACCUUAAAAGUGUGAUAUUUUGUUAAGUCAGUAUAAUGUAUUAUUCACUAUCGUAUCGUGGGAGACUGAUGAAUAAAUCCCAUUGCAACUUA